CUCGGAAGCGUUUCAGAAAGGUGGCCGAAAAGGGGCAAAGAGAGUAAUGAUUGUAAUCACAGAUGGAGAGUCGCACGACAGCCCAGACCUGGAGAAGGUGAUUGAGGACAGCGAGAAGGACAACGUCACCAGAUACGCGGUGGCGGUGUUGGGUUAUUAUAACAGACGAGGAAUCAAUCCCGAAGCCUUUUUGAACGAGAUAAAAUUUAUCGCAAGCGACCCGGAUGACAAGCACUUCUUUAAUGUCACAGACGAAGCAGCACUCAAAGACAUCGUGGAUGCGCUGGGGGAGAGGAUAUUUAGCUUGGAAGGAACCAACAAGAAUGAAAUUUCCUUUGGCCUGGAAAUGUCACAGACUGGAUUUUCAUCGCAUGUUGUGGAAGACGGGAUCUUGCUGGGGGCAGUGGGUGCCUACGACUGGAAUGGAGCCGUCCUGAAGGAAACCAGCAGUGGGAAGGUCAUUCCCCUGCGGGAAUCUUAUCUCCAGGAGUUCCCGGAGGAGCUGAAAAAUCACGGAGCAUAUUUAGGUUACACCGUCUCCUCCGUCAUAUCCACCAAGCACGAGCGGAUUUAUGUCGCGGGAGCGCCUAGGUUCAACCACACCGGGAAAGUGAUCAUCUUCAGCAUGCACAACAACCGAAACCUCACCAUCCAUCAGGCACUGAAGGGAGAGCAGAUCGGCUCCUACUACGGCAGCGAGAUCAACUCCCUCGACGUCAACGGUGACGGCGUCACGGAUGUUCUGCUGGUGGGAGCCCCCAUGUACUUCAGCGAGGGCAGGGAGAGGGGGAAGGUCUAUGUCUACACGCUGCGGGAGAACCGCUUCGUUUCCAGCGGUGCCCUCGUAGACCUGCAGAGCUACCAGAACUCCCGCUUCGGCUCCUGCAUCGCUGCCGUGCCGGACCUCAACCAGGACUCCUACAACGACCUUGUCGUGGGGGCACCUUUGGAGGAUGAGCACCAAGGAGCAAUAUACAUCUUCCUCGGCUUUGAAGAGACCAUCCUGAAGAAGUACAAGCAGCGGAUAGCAGCUGCGGACCUUGCGCCAGGUCUGAUGUAUUUUGGAUGCAGCAUCCACGGACAGCUGGACCUGAAUGAAGAUGGGCUCGUAGACUUGGCCGUCGGCUCUCUGGGGAACGCGGUGCUGUUGUGGUCCCGCAGCGUGGUCCAGAUCAACGCCAGCAUCCGCUUUGAGCCCUCCAAGAUCAACAUCUUCACCAAGGACUGCAAGCGGAACGGAAAGGAUGCCACCUGCAUGUCGGCCUUUGUCUGCUUCACUGCUGUCUUCCUCUCGCCUCACUUCCAGACAGCCAGCGUGGCGCUGCGGUACAACGCAACCAUCGACGAGCGCAGGUACACGCCGCGGGCUCACCUGGACGAGAGCGGGGAGCGGCACACGCAGAAGGGGCUGGUGCUGCUGGCCGGGCAGGAGCACUGCGACAGGCUCCAGUUCCACGUCUUGGACACAGCUGACUACGUGAAGCCGGUGACCUUCUCCAUCGACUACGAGCUGGAGCACCCCGAGAACGGCCCCAUGCUGGACGACGGCUGGCCCACCUCACUCAAGGUCUUGGUCCCAUUCUGGAACGGGUGCAAUGAGGAUGAGCACUGUGUCCCUGACCUGGUCCUGGAUGCCAGAAGCGAUGUGCCCAGUGCCAUGGAGUACUGCCGGCGGGCUCUGCGGCGGGCACCGCCGGACUGCUCAGCCUUCACCCUCUCCUUCGACACCUCCGUCUUCGUCAUCGAGAGCAGCAGGAGGAGGGUGGCUGUGGAAGCGGCGCUGGAGAACCGGGGCGAAAACGCGUACAGCACGGUCCUCAACAUCUCCUUCUCCAGGAACCUCCAGUUUGCCAGCUUGAUCCCCAAGGAUGACACGGACAUCAACAUUGACUGCAUGACUGACGACAAGCACCCCAACAAGAAAGUGUGCAACGUGAGCUACCCGUUCUUCCGAGCCAAGGCCAAGGUAGCUUUUCGCCUGGAUUUUGAAUUCAGCAAGUCGAUUUUCCUUCAAAGCAUGGAAAUCUACUUGAUUGCCAACAG